AGGGGGGAAGCGAGGGAGGGAGGGAGGAUGAUGAUGAUGCUGACGGUGGAAAAUGGCUGCUGCAUCCUCGAGCCCAUCCGAAACCCUAUGAAGGUGGACAGAGAAAAACAAGAAAAAGAGAGCAGCGAGCGCAAGGAGUUAGUGAACGAGAGACGGUGUGCGUGCGUAUGUGAGCGAGAGUGUGAGGACGCGUGCGCGCGCGUGUGAGUGUGAAAACGCGCGCGCGCGCGCGCGAGUGUGUGUGUGUGUUCGGUAAGAAGGGGAAUAAAAAAAGACGAGAGACCGGGGGGCAGCCAGCUCGAAGCGGCGGGCAACACCGAGCCAUGGAGGGCGAUGUGCGUGUCCGAGCCGUGGUGAUGACACGUGAUGAUUCUAGCGGUGGCUGGGUGCCCCUUGGAGGCGGCGGCCUCAGUCACGUGGUCAUAUGCAAGGGGCGGAGCUCUCAAGGUCGUGGGCGGAGAGAGUACGUCAUACGUGGAGAACGGCUACGCGAUCGAGCACCUGUGCUGGAAUGCGCCAUUCAAAAGGGUCUGGUCUACAACAAGGUGAACCCCAUCUUCCAUCACUGGCGUGUGGAGGAGAGGAAGUUUGGUCUGACCUUCCAGAGCCCAGCUGACGCCAUCUCCUUCGAGAAGGGGCUUCAAAGUGUCCUUGAGAAGCUGGACAGAGGAUCUGACUCGCCAUCCUCCUCGACACCUGAAGAGGGCGACACAGAGGAUGACGGUCAAGCAUCUCAUACAGGGAGUGAGUCGUCAUCCAACAGCAGAAAAGAGAUGCUGCCCAAACCCAUUACCAUUGUGACCAGUGAGUCGUCCUCCACCUGUUUUGUGCGCUCCACAGAGGAGUUUGCGUAUGGGACAGGGCACGCCUGCACGACGCAGACCCCAGCUCAGAUCCACACCCGACCUGCCCAGGACCAGCUCACCCAAGUAAGCGCCGUUUUGAACCCUCCGGCACCCCCUCCGCCUCCUCCAGCCCCCCCGACCCCCCCCAUAUUGCCCCCUGCCUCGUCCCCCCUCUCUCCGCUCUCGCCCACCAUCUCCCUGCUGGAGGAAGGGGAUCUCCGCAGCCUGGACCCCUGCAAGGACCUGUGGGGUACACGCGGCUACGAGGACUACCGCCGCGCCGGUGCUACACGGACCAAGGUGGGCGGGCUGACGGGGGGCGUGGUGGUGGGCGGCGGCCAGGACAAGACGGAGCUCUGCGUGGUGCGCUUCGAGAAGGAACUGGCCGGCGUGGGCACCACGGGCUGCGAGGUCACCAUCAUGCUGGACACCAAAGGCUCUCAGCGCAACUCUUCGCCCACUUGCAUGCCCAACGCCGUGCCGGGAGUGCCGUCGGCCAGCGGCUCCCCAGAGGAGACGGGCAAAGGCUCGCCCUCACCCUGCUGCAUUCACACCUCGCUCGCCACGCCCCGCUCUCGGACUCGCAAGCGAGGGGGCAGUGGAGGGGAAGCCAUCUCGCCCGACGACGACAGCUCCUGUCCUCAGGGCUCCUCCUCCUGCUCGUCACGCUGCGUGUACUGCCGCUCCGUCUUCAGCGCCUCUGAGAACGGACGGGGUCGCUGCCGGGACGCUCCCGACCCGGCGCUACACUGCUUGCGCCAGUGGACGUGUGUGUGGUGCGCGGAGAGCCUGCUCUACCACUGCAUGUCGGACUCCGAGGGCGAGUUCUGGGAGCCGUGCUCGUGCGAGGACUCGAUGGGCGGCCGGCCGCACACGCUGUGCUGCGCCCGCUGGAUGGUGCUCUUGACACUGUCUCUUUUCGUGCCCUGCAUGUGCUGCUACCUGCCCCUGUGCGCAUGCCUGCGCUGUGGGGAAAGAUGCGGCUGCUGCGGAGGAAAGCACAAGGCCGUGCGAUGAGGCCUGAUUGGGGGGAGGGCGUGUGGACGGGGCUUAUUGUGACGGGACGGGAGCACAAAGAAGUUGCCGUCGUUCGAGGAACAGCUGUAGAACCAGAUCUACUACAUAAACCUUCACGAUAAUAUCCCCUUGCCCCCUCUGAGGCCGUCUGCUGCAUUCCGCUCUUUCUAUUCUCUGCUCGGACCCUUCGCGCUCGUACCGGUGGGGGGUGCAUGGGUUCGGGGAGAUCGCUCUCUGAUUUGCUGGUCGUUGGGUUCAGGGGUUGUCUCCGGGAGGUGGGGAGUGAAUGGGGAUCAGUGAUGUGUAAACAAUUGUUAGUUUUUUUUUUCUGAGUUUUAUUUCUUAAUUUAGGGAGAAAAUAUGAGAUGAAAAAUGUUUAUAGCUAUGGUUAUAAGACCUUUUUUUGAGUAUCUAAUUUUACUUGAUCUAUUUUUUGCAAUUGAGUUAAUGAACAUUGACUCCCCUUGUACCUCUACGUUACUGGGUUUUACCUCAAAGUCCAGAGGAGAGGAAGGCAGAUAGACUUAUUUCGGGGACUGUGUGCUGUGGUGAGGUUUUGUAUAUGGUCUUUGCGGUAGGUUUUUCAUGCACGUUCGGGCAGAACAUAUCUGUGAAGGAGAACAUGUUGAUGUCAUAUCACUUUUAGUUGUUUGAGAACAGGGAACAUGAACAGUCGGAUAGAGGGCAGUUUCACCAAAAUCACCACUUUCACCACAUACAUGCUCAUUCUUCUGUCAAGAGAGUAUAGUUGUAUUGAACUUGCCAGCAACCAAGAAGGUUGCCUAUAUUUGAAGUAUAGACCAAAAACGUGGAGAGAUAAUCUAGACAUAAAUCUGCCGAACAUUUGCACAGCAAAUGUGAACCGAGGCCUUGAAAUGUAGUUGUACACACCACCAAAAAUAAAUUAACUUACUUACUUGUUACUAAGAAGUAAAGAAUAAAAGAGCAAAGGCUUGUUUUGUGUGACAUUUUAACUUUAUCUGUCCGUAUAGCAACAAGAGAAGUACUCAGUCAUUAACUAUAAUGAGUUACAAUGCGUGUGCUUUUGCGUUGCUAAACAGAGCAACAAAGUGACAUGCCAUUUUGUGUGGUUAGCCCCGCCCACAGUGAAAUCUCAUUGGUCCAAAAACAUCAGCUACAAUUCUGACUGGCUGUGACUGUGUUACAGUACAUAAUUUAGUUUUCACUGUGGACAGGCAAAUGACCUGAUGCUGAAAACUUCAUUGUCUGGCUAAAAGACGCUAAAGAAUUUAGACCAAUCAGUUCAUACACUGCCUGGCAUAACGGUUUGGACCACAAAGUGUUAAGAACCAUUGCUUUAAAUAUCUCAAAGCUGCUAUUUCAACUCCCCUAAACUUGUCUUACCUCGCUGCUAGUAAUGAGGAGUUAGGGAAUCAGACACAGACCUGUAGUCAAAGUUUGAGUUAGGAAGACAAUGCCUCUAAAUUAUGAUAUCUAUGAUGGGGAAGAACUAACGUCCAAGAGGUUUCUCCAUCAAUGUAUGUUGUAUUAACUACUCAUCAGAGUCACUUUAAAAGAAAAGGGUUUUACAGCAAGACCAUUAGAUCUACACACAUGUGCACUGUAUUUCAUUGUCCAUCUGGACUCAUUUCAGUCCAUUUUCAAAGACGUGAAACAUUCUCUCUCACUCACUCACUCACACACACACAC